GGCCCUGGGCGGUGGCGGCGCGAGCGCACCGCCAGGCACCCGGUCGCGCGCGGCCGAGUCGCGGAGGCGCCGCCGCUGCAGUCCCUGCGUGUGCCAGAAACAUGGCCGACAGCAAGGCCAAGCCUGCCAAGGCCGCCAACAAGACACCCCCCAAGUCCCCAGGAGACCCUGCAAAGGACAAGGCGGCUAAGAGGCUGUCCCUGGAGUCAGAAGGUGCCAACGAGGGGGCAGCCGCCACGGCCCCAGAGCUCAGUGCCCUGGAGGAGGCCUUCCGGCGGUUCGCGGUGCACGGGGACACCAGGGCCACCGGGAAGGAGAUGCACGGCAAGAACUGGUCGAAGCUGUGCAAGGACUGCCAGGUGAUCGACGGGAAGAACGUGACCGUCACCGACGUGGACAUUGUGUUCAGCAAAAUCAAAGGGAAGUCCUGCCGGACCAUCACGUUCGAGCAGUUCAAGGAGGCGCUGGAGGAGCUCUCCAAGAAGAGAUUCAAGGACAAGAGCAGCGAGGAGGCCAUCCAAGAGGUGCACAGGCUCAUCGAGGGCAAGUCCCCCAUCAUCUCGGGGGUGACGAAAGCCAUCUCCUCGCCCACCGUGUCUCGGCUCACAGACACGACCAAGUUCACAGGCUCCCACAAGGAGCGCUUCGACCCGUCUGGCAGGGGCAAGGGCAAAGCCGGCCGCGUGGACCUGGUGGAUGAGUCGGGCUACGUGCCAGGCUACAAGCACGCGGGCACCUACGACCAGAAGGUGCAGGGGGGCAAGUAGCCAGUCCCCGCGGACAGGGCCUUCCUCUGUUUCUGGCCCCACAUCACCUCACACUUCUUUACAUUCCUGGGCUCACUGGGGCAGAACUCAAGACGCCGGGGCGGGGUGGCUGUGGGUGACUCCCAGGCCUCUCUCCUGCCUGGGGCCCCCGGCAUGCUCCUCUCCUGCCCCAGGUGUGGCCCCUGAACUCACUGACCUUUCUCUAAUGCACCUGCCUCAGCCCAUGUUGGGAAGUCAACAAAUGGUCAUUUCCAAAGUGUCUCCAGGACCAGAUCACACAGGCCACCUGAUUUGUACGCAAAAGGAGUGUUUUAAAGGAGCAGGUGGCCCAGACCCUGUCAGAGGUGGUGCUAACCUCCUGACCGGCAGACCCUCCCAGGAGCCACUGGGGCAACACGCACUAACGCACUAACCAGCAGCACCAGCGAGAUGAAGCAAACCUCCAACAGGAUAUAGCAGCAUCUGCGAGGGCUCCGUGCAGGUGUGCGACACACAAGUGCAUGCUUGCACAUGCACACAUGCUCAUGCACACACUCAUGCACUCACAGGCACACGUGCUCAUGCACACACAUCCACUCACACACAUGCUUACACAUGCCUGUGGACCAGGUCUGUGCUAAGGGCAGUCAUGUAAGUGAGGGCUGGCGUACAAAGGAAAGUGAGCCGGUGGAAGGCUGCUCCUCGGUAGACCAAAGGAACGUGAUCUGAAGUGUGAAGUUGUAUGUUCUUACAAUGGAAACCAAGGAUGGGUCAUUUCGUUCUGCCUUUUAAAGAAAAGAAGAAAAAGUGACUGUUUAUUCUCAGAAUGGGUCAGGGAAGAUUCAGAAUACCUUGUUUCUGUGACCUCUCCCCUCCGUCCCUGCAUCUCCCAGUUGCAAGACCCCGUUGGCCCCAAGGCCCCCCUGCAGGCAAGGUGUGUGACAGGCCCUUUCUGCCUGUCCCCUGGAAAUCAGGGCCUUGGGGCUGCAGGUGGACACGGCUACUUCCUCUCCACUCACAGUGCAGCAUAAAUCUCUGCAGCUCCAGCCUCUGAAGUUAAUUCCUACAUUUCUGGGCCCUCCCAACCCCAGAGCAUAGGAAACCUCACGACAAAACCAGGCCAGGGAGGGCCCCACCCCAAGGCCCACAGCAUUUGCUUCCAUGGUAGCCACGAGGCGACACUCCAUUUGCAUAAACACAACCACAGCAUGGCCCGUGACCUGGUGGGCCAUGUGGUCCUGGAGCAGGUCCUUGGAAAAGCCCACAACCGCCUCAGGAAAAUGCUUCCUGGAGCCUGGCUGCCACAGCCACCGUCUGCUCUGCGGCCCUUUCCUGGACGCGUGGCCUGGCCUAGCACAGGCGGUCGAAACAUGGACCGGUGCUGCUGUGGCACACUUGCUGGUCACCACUGGGGCCAGGGAAGGACCCCAACGCUGGCUCAGGGCCAGCGCUCCCAGCUGACACUGCCCCUCUGAAGCGACUGUGUCUCUACCAGGCUCCUCGCACACCAACCUCCCCUCGCCACCUAGGGUGACCUCAACUCACAGAUGGAGGUGACCUCUGCCGGCAGUUUCUUCCUGAGGUUCUGGGGGCUCGCAGCAUGUGGCAUUAGAACCUAGGAGACAAGGGAGCGCAGGCUCCGUCACUGCCAGGGCUAAUCUUACUAUUGUCUGGAAAGUUUCUAACUUAGGGAUCCUAAGCUGCUUGGCUAGGCCACUUCACGGUGGGGAAACAGGACGAGGGACUGGGGCAAAGGCAGACAGGAUGCCAGACCCCCACCCGUGCCUCCCUCUCCUCCACCAGUCUGGACCUUCGUGUGAGACCCAAAGGCAAGAGUGACCUGUGGGUUAGAAUCAGAAGACAGCUGAACACGCAAAGUGCUUCCUGACAACAAGCCAAUCGCAGCCCCAGUUCCAGCGCCUGCAGGGUUUUCACCAGUGGCCACAGAAUGGGGCUUCUCCCCGGGCCUGGAGGCGCUGCCACGGAGCAACGCCCACCACCAGGGGCUGUGGGUCCCCUGGUCUGAGGCUGCUUUUCUCCUGCUCAUUGAAGAGCUUAGUCCCCACUGUCCCAGACACUGGAAUCCAGCAGAAGGUCAGCUACUACAUCACGCUGUAGUACAGCGUACAUGCUGGCGAGGGCAGAGGCACAGGGUCCCCAUGCCACAACCCAUAGAGAUGUCACCUGGGCCUGCCAUGGGUGUAAGCCCUUCUCAGCCCCUCCGUGCCCACUGGACCCUGGAGAGAGGCGCCCAACACCAGGACAUGGUCUCCUGUCCCACAGAUUGGCUUCAGGCAAGAACGGCCACCAUACCAAGGUUCCAACCCCGACUGAGGGCAUGACUGCCAAGAGCAUGCUGGGAAAGUGGGGUCUAAGCAAAAGGAACAGUAUGAGUGGCCUGCCACAGCACCCACAGUUAGCAGCUUUCUCCCAUGGCACCCACCCCAGGACUGGAGCUCCCCUCCAUCUACCCGUGAGGCAGGCCCCGGCCUGCGGAGCGCCAGCACCACCCACCUCAGGCUGGUGGAGGUAAGCUACUCGAUAAGAAACUACUGGUCCACUUCUGAGGAAAAUUUCAAAAUGCUCUGCUGAUCCUGAUGGCAGCAGCUUCUCUUUGGGUUUUAUGAAUGAGACCCAGUGCACACAGCUGCUCUCCCUCGGUGGCCCUCCCUGUCCCAGUCCAGCGGGCUCCAGGGAGACCGCUGUGCCCUGGGCCCCAGCCCCUCACAUGCUAGGUCCAGGAGCCUGGUCCCUGCAUCCCCUGCCCAUCCCCCAGCUUUGUCAGACACAUACACACAGGCCAGGACGCACCUUUGUCCACUCCAAGUAUAGCUCUGAGAACCUCCCCUCCCCUUUCUGUCAGAGGAGGAGGAGGAGGAAGGGGUAAAAUUAAGUAUUGAGGACUUAGGAGUCGCCCUUCUGUCCAUUUAAAAUCAUCUGGUGAACGCUUCACUGCAUCUGUGUGUGGCCUCUGAAUACCCACGAGCCUGGCCUCCAACCUCACUGCACAAAACAGACACACGCGCAUGUCCCUUCACCAGGUUCGGAAUAUCGUGAACACGUAGGCAGAGUGUGUGUCCGUGCUGCAUGUUUUUAGGCAAUGCCCGUCAGCUCCUACUAACCACGGUGAAGUACCAAUUAGACGUCUAUCUGUGAACAAAAGAAACUGCACAGCAGGUACCCCAGGAGGCAGGACGCGUCCUGAGGGGAGUCAGUGCCGAUGGUGUCCGAACACCAGCAGGGAACAGUAGAAGGAGCGCGCUUGAAAACACUGAUCAUACCAGAAUACUUAUUUAUUUCUAUUUAACGCAUCUAGGCGGUGGUCAGGAACAGAGUUAACUUUACCAAAACUGAAGUUCAAAAUUACGUUAAGUUUAAAGUAUUAUAGCAAGAUAUAUAUUUAUACUGGAGUAUUUUUACACCUUUCAUAUUCUCGGGCUUGAGUUUUGAGACAGAUGAGAACUGGAGCAGGUGCCAGUCCGCUGGGGAAAGGCCUGCAGAAGCGUUCUGCUGGGGUCGCUGGCUGCCCAGACGUGCUCCUGGGCUCCAAGUCCCAGGGGACGAGCCCCAGGAAGGCCACGGGGCCACCUGACCCUCUCAGUGGACAAAGCGGCUGUGACAGCAGGCAGAGGCUCACCUUCCUGACACCCUGAGCCAGUACAAUCGCCUGUUUCUGGGAAUCAAGUUUAGAUGGCACAGGCCACGCCCUGCUCAUGUGCUGUCCCUGGCUGCGCCUGCAGCGACCCUGGCGGUGGGGAGUUGACACACGCCAUGGCCCCUGAAGCCUAAAAUGUUCACCAUCUGGCCCUCAAGGGCUCCCCUGGGGUCAUUUCCCCCUGGGCACUCACACACAAGCUGGCUACUCCCCUGUCCUGCAGCAUACGCCACACUGGGACACCCUGUUGUCACCUGUUCAAUAUAGUACGGGUUGACAAUUUAGCUGUACUGUGAAAUUAUCAAUAGGCUAGAAUGUCCAUAAAACAAUGACCCUGAAUAGUUUCCUCUCACUGAUUUACCACUAAACGCUUUGCGAAAUCUGGUGGUCCAGGGGCCUGGCCUUCAUCCGUGGGCACGUGGGCGCGUGGCCAGGGUGGUGGUGCGCCGGGCCGUGGUCACUGUGCCGGAGAUGCUUCGGUUAACUCUCUCUCCUCCUCUAGACUUUCAAAAACCAAACCAAGCCAAACAAAGGAAACCCACACAACUUAAAAGAAACUUGAAAGGGAUCAUAUACUAUUAGUUUGUACUAAGUUUUUUCAGGAAAGGGAAAUAAAUUUAUAUAUACAUGCAAUAUAUUUUUACACCGUCUCAUUCAUGUUAGGGAGUGCUGAGCGUACCACUUUAUCAGAGUGAUGGGUACAGUGAUGUCAAUGUCAUGGGUGUUCUGACUCGGAAAGUCUGAACUGCACUCAGCAGGGGCGUCCGCGGGGGCAGGGGGCCUGCUCUCCCUCCGGUGGAGUGCGAGGCUCAGAGUCACCUGUCAGGUCACUGUCAAGGCCUGGCCUAUAAACCUUUAGUGAAACAGCUCAUGUCUGUCUGCACAUCGCUCCUCAUGUGUUCGCUGUUAUUAACAUUGUGUGUCAAAGUGAUAAAUAAAGUGUUAAAUGGCGGA